UGCGCGAUACUCCUGCUUGUCCCUCUUUGUCCGGUGGCGAUAGUAGGCCAUGAUAAUUAUGGCAAAAUUUGCGUUUUUGAAUGAAUUAUAGCUGAAUGGUGGAUCAACAAGCAUACACCGUGUGAGGACUGGUUUGCUGGCAAUGACACACCAGAGAGUUUCAAUUUAAAGGACAGCAGAGCAAGCAACGGAGAAAGGGUACAGUUUGCUUCCAAGACAGUCUGCAAGAUGGCUAGCUAUCUUCAGUGGCAUGCUAACGUUAGCUAGCAAGCUAAUGUUAGCAUAGUAAACACCAGUUUUCAAAACAUGAUCGAUUGCUUUAUCUUUUAAAUGCUGUGAUACGUGGAAUUGAAUGCACCUUUUCCCAAAUGAGUGUUACAAGGGAAAUCACAGUAUUCAAUACAUGUUGCAGUGUUGCCGCUACUGGGUGAAAUCUCAACGCUGCUAGCAAGCCACAUUGAAUAGCGUGGCUAGCUGGUUAGCCAAGGUAGUAACUAGCUUGCGUUAGCUAGCUGGUCGUCUUCUUUGCUACACAUCUGUAAGUGAUCAUUAAGAGAGGGGGGUGCUAUGUAACUUGCUACUACUGGCAGUCAAGCCAGGUAGCAAGCAACAGAUUCACUCAGUGAGAAGUGACUGGCUUGCAAAGAGACCAACUUGUGCUCAAAACGUGAACUAGCUCAGUUUUACCUGACGUUUAUUUGGUGACCAAAUCCCGGCGUGACAGACACCGUGGCGAAAGAUUUGCAGCUGUAAAGGAGUGUGCAGACCUGGGCCGGCGUUUUAAUAUAAUAUUCGUGUUAGUUUCUGAUGUUAUAUUACGCAUUUUGACGUUAUUGACAUGACCUGAAGGCAGUAUCCACCUACUCGGCUCGUAGCCUUCAAGACGUCGUCAUUUUUAACUUUUUUUUUCUUGCAUAUGCACGGUGAUAUGCCACUUCACCGACAGUCAUAUUAGCUAAUGGCUGCCGAAUCGGGGAGACUACUGGCGGGACAAGGAAAACGAAGCAAAGCUUCUCAGAUGAAGAGCCCGGAGAAGAAGAAGGCGAGGAAAUCCACCAACCAGGCGGCAGGGUUCUCCCACCUAACGGAGUUUGCACCCCCUCCUACCCCCAUGGUGGACCACCUGGUUGCGUCCAACCCCUUCGACGAUGACUUUGGGCCCCCAUCUCGACCUAGCGUGGCAGGUGGAACAGGCAGUGCUCCAUUUCUUCCCAGCCCAGGUGGAGGAGGUGGGUAUGGCGGUGGAGGCCGAAUGGGCGUAGGCAUGGGCUUCAUGGGAGGCCCAGGAGGACCAGGCGGAGGCCAACCUGGUCGAAGGCCACCAUUUGGCCCUCCAUCCAACGCUGGACCUCACCACCAGCUAGGCUUUGGAGGAAUGCCGGGCUUUGGAGGGGGCGGGGGAGGAGGAGGUGGAUUCCCCCCUGGUGGCCCUUCUCAGUUCAAUAUGCCACCAAACUUCAGUCCACCAAUGCAUCCUGGGCCAGGAUUCAAUCCCAUGUUAUCUCCAGGGGCUAUGGGAGGUCCCGGAGGAGGUGGGCCUCCCCACCCUCGGUUUGGCAUGCCUCCCCAGCAGCAGCAGCACGGACAGGGUGGACACCCAUUCAACAGCCCACCGUUACCUGGUGGUGGAGGCCCCAGAGGGCCCCCACAUGGCCCCCUGCCUUCCAUGGGAGGAAUGGGUCCUGGAAUGAACAUGAUGGGUGGCAUGAGUGGUGGCCCCGGAGGAAAUAUGGUGGGGGGGUUACCUGGUAUGCCCCCUCAAGGACAAUUCCCCCCCUCACAGGAUGGUCCAUACCCUGGCCCCAGUCCGCCAGGGCCAGGUAACGAGGAUGGAAAGAACUUUGGGGGAGGAGGGCCACCACCUGGGCCUCAGCAGCAACAACAGCAACAUCUUAACCUAAAUCCCAAUGGCCCCCCUCCUAAUAACACCCCUCCUGGCCCUGCUCCUAACUCUGGCCCUCCACAGCAAGGGGGAGGCUUCCCUGGCCACCCUGACGCCCAGCAGCCCAACCCCAACACACCUGGCCAGCCCUCCUCAGCGCCGACACAACCGAACCCCAACUCCUCCCCUACUGGGCCUCUAAAUGGAUCAGGCCAGCCCCAGCAUCAACCCCCCGGUCAGCUACAACCCCCCAGCAACAACAACACCCCCAACUCUAACAACUCUACCCAGCAGCAGCAGCAGCAGCAGCAGCAACAGCAACAGCAACAGCAACAGCAACAGCAGCAGCAGCAGCAGCAACAGCAGCAGCAGCAGCAGCAACAGCAGCAGCAGCAGCAACAACAACAACAACAACAAUCCACCCCACCUCACUCCGGCCCUGGCUCCACCCCUUACAACCAGCAGAACAACACUCCCAGUGCCGGCGGUCCCAUGCCCAAUGCAGCCUCCAAUUCGGGUCAGAACAGCAUGACCAACAACGGAGGCAAUACUCCAGGCAGCAACCCCAAUCCCCCGUCUAAUUCCACCUCAACCCCAAACACCCAGAGUCCCCUGCCCCCCGGCCCUGCUGCCCCCUCGACCGGGCCUGGCUCCGGCCCUGGAAAACUUGGCGGCCCCGGGAUGGUCUUUCCCUGUGGCCUCUGCAUGGCUGAGGUGCAUGACGACCAGGACGCCAUCCUGUGUGAGGCGUCGUGCCAACGCUGGUUCCACCGUGACUGCACAGGCCUGACAGAGCCAGCAUAUGCGCUGCUGACUCGAGAGAGCGCCGCUGUUUGGGCCUGUGACUUCUGCAUCAAGACCAAGGACAUCCAGGCAGUAUUUGUGCGGCAGGGACUAGGCCAGCUGGUUGCAGCUAACGAGAGUUGAGGAGUGGAUGAAAAAGGAGCAGCAUGGAGGUGCUCACAUGACGACAAAUGGAGACAUUCUUUGCUUUGAUCGAACUGAAUGAGCUGUGCGUCAUGUCACCUACUUGCCCAACUUUCUCUGGACUAGCCCUUUACUUGUUCACUACCCAGAGAAACACACUCGAUGACUUUCAUGCUUAUCUGUACCACCUUGAGUGACUCUUGGUAUAUGAUUUGUAGUUUUAUUCCCCCCCUAAAGGAGUCAAAUCACAAUGAAUGUUAAACUAAACAGUACUUCAGACAUCUAGCCUGCCAACCAGCAAAGCACUGACACCAACACACUACCUCACACACUUUGUGACUGACUGGCACGGACGCUCCCGCACUGACUGACUGUGAUUGACUCGCCACACUCAUGCACACAUGAGUAAGAUGCUAUUUCGAACACGUAAACCCACCUUAGACGGAGAAAGUAAUGUUAAAAUAUUCCCUUACUGUGUAUUGACACAAUGACUCAAAGCAUCAGUGGCUUUACAUAAAAAACGACUUGAUGUAUUACAUCUUUAAAUUUGAGGAAAAAAAGAGUGCCUAAAUAAUCUUAAACAGACUUUGGUUUCAUUCAUGAAUUGAUUUUCCAUCAAAAUGCUUUAUCUAGCACUGCCCUUCCACAUUGUGAGCCUUUUUACUGCAAGCAAGUGAGAGAAAAUGGAAGAUAAAAUCAGUAUGUUGCAGCGUAAAACUUGUGUUAAGUAAACCGUAUGUUAUUGGUGAAAAAAUGAAAUGUUAAGUUCUUUUGUCUGUUCCUUCAGACAUGCUUACAAACAGACCUGUACUUCUUGUUUCUAUCAUUUUGUACCCAGUGCUGAUUAACCCAAAGGAGACCCUGACCAAGUUUUCAUCCACACCUCACAAAGGAUUUUACCAUUUGAAAUAGUUGUAAAUAUUGGGAAAAAACAUUUGUCUGGUACUCAGCUCAUCAGUUGUGAACAUGCCACAGAGUUGAGCAAUGAACACAAUUAUUAUUUGAAAUGAUUUGUCUUGGUUGUAUACAGUUUAACAUUUUGGAUUUAAAACAGUACAUUUGGGUCAUCCAUUACUUUUUAUGUCUGCAGUACACAUGAAUUGUGAAAUCAGUGCUUUUCGAUGGUGUUGGCUUUGCAAGUAGUGACAUCAUUUCAUAUCGGAGGUGCAUAGUCCUCUAUAAAAAAAAAAAAGACAAAAAAAGAGUGGGGGGGUGCAUGUGAACCAAUGCAGUAACUGAUCUGUUUAUGUUUAUAUCUGGCCUCUGCGCUGCAAGAGGCCUUGAAGUAGACCAAAUAACUUAAGAGCGAACAAUACCAAUUUUUCAAAUUUCUGUCACGGUAUAAGGUGUUUAUAACUAUUCUUACUUCUCUCUUUCCCUAUUUUUCUUUAUUCAAUGUCCAAGUUGCCUUUCUUUUUCUUGCUCUCAGCUGUUCCUUUUUAUUUUGUGCUGUGCUCUUGCUCUGCUCUGGCGCCUCCUGGUGGACCCCGGAGGAACAGUGGGUCCCACACCAGGUGGGGAAGGGAAAGGUACUGAACUUUGAAGUAAAGACCGAAUUUUUUUGUACUUGUCCAUGUCUGUUUUUAUUCUCAUUCUUUUUUAUUUGUUUGCUAAUUGUUGUAUUAAAAUGAGGGUUGACAAACCCAAUGAAAUUGA